GCCGCCAUGGGGCGGAAGAAGAAGACGCUUCACGACUACGCGGCCGAGUUCUCGGAGCUGGCGGUGAAACGGCACCUCCUGGAGCGCGGUGGUGGCGGCGGGGAGGCUGCGGUGGUGGUGGAGACGCUGUACUGCACCUCCUGCCAGCUGCCCAUGCGGGUCCGCCGCGACCGCAUCCUCGAGCAUCUCUCCUCCGGUCGCCACUACCGCAACCGCCGCCUCCUCCGGCAGCACGGCCUGCGGGCCCCGCUCCUCCUCUCUGCAGGUGCGGACGGCGGUGGCGGCCUCCCCCUGCAGCUCGACGCGCCCUCCCUGCUCUCCCAGCCCUCCUUCAUCCUCGCCGGCACCAGCGCCAUCGUCCCCUCGCCACCCUCCUACCACAAGCCCUUGGUUGCCCACCACCCCGUCGUCGCUGGCACCCCCCAGGAAGACCCGACGCCCUCCACCUCCGCCAGCCGCCCCUCGGCGCCUGCCCCCUUCCACAUGAGGAUCGCUCCUGCCCCCUCGAAGCAGGCUGCCCAAAGAGGGGCUGCCCCUGAGGCCUCUGACAGCCCGGCACCCGCCGUACGGCACGGCAGCGGCGUCGGCCUCGCCCUCUUUGGCAUCGGGCUCGUUAAUAAAGCCUUGUUUCAAACCCUGAUGGAGGAGAACGGCUGCCGCCUGCUCUAUGUCGUGGAGGAUCAGCUGGAGGAGGUGGAAUGUGCCUUCGGCGCCGAGUUCCUGGCUGGCACCAGGGUGCUGCGGCAGCGGGACGCCGAUAUCGCGCUCAACGAUCAGCGGGUCUCUGGAGCCAUUAUUUGUUCACCACCUGAAGAAGCCUCCGAGGUUGUAAUAGAUGCUCUACGAGCAGGAAAAGGUGUGUUUUGUGAGAGGCUGCCCAGUUUUGACAGGCGGACGGCGGAAGCUUGUUUCGAUGAAGCUGACAGAUGUGGAAGACCGUUGGUGUGUGGAUUCUACAAGCGCUUUGACCCCUCUCUGCAGUUCUUGUGCAAGAAAGUCCGCGACAGCCGGGCGCUGGGGAGGAUCCACCGCAUAUCGACCACCAGCAGCGUCUACCCAGCAGCACCUCUGGGCUUCCUCAAAACAGCAGGUGGAAUUUUUUAUAACGCUGCCGUGCACGAUAUCGAUAUUGUCAGUUUGUUGUUGGGAGAGAGUGCACCAGAUACAAUAUUUUCACUGGGCCACGCAUUCUGUGCAGACAUGGCCUGCUUGAAGGAUGCAGACACGGUAGCCAUCAGCAUGAAGUUUCCCAGCGGAGCCAUCGUCACUUUGGACGUCAGCCAGCACUGCACCAGGAGCUGUGACCAGAGACUAGAGGUUCAUGGUUCUCAAGGGACGUUACGGGUGGAUAAUCGGAAUCCUCUGGGGAUUUCGGAGCAGGGGACCUCGGUCCCCAUCUACUCCCAGACCCAAGCUGACCGCUACAGAGAGGCACACAGGGAGCUCUUCCGACACUUCCUGCGAACCCUGAAAGGCACGGAACCCCCCGUGGUAACCAAAGAGCAGUUUCUCUGGACCAUCCAGGUGGCUGCAGCUGCGGAGCAGUCCUGGAGGAACGGGUCUGCUGUUGACUUGCGCAACGAAGCCAUAGACUCGGCUGUCAUCAAGACUGAGAUCCUGUGACACGUUGCUGCUGUCUCCUGAGGUGAAGGACAACCUUGUGCUCCAGUGAGCUCUUCCCACCUGGGGAAGAGUCUUAUCGACUUGGGGUUUGGACCUUUCUGCUGGGAAUGCCCAGAAGAUGGAGGCGUUUUGAGCCAGGAAGCGCUGGGGCUGUGGGUGUUUCUUAGUGCCUCAGCCAGAGCCCUCGAGAAAUUUGGGGUGGUUUCAUCCAGCCCUGGAGGGCUCUGCAGCUCCAUUUUCCUGGGAGAAGAGUGAUGUUCUUACAGACAUGGUGAGGUGGUGUCAGACCAUCACCAGCCGUGAUGGGAGCAGGGCAGGCAGGUGGCUUUCCUGACAGCUCUGCAGGUGAGAUGUGAUGCUCCAAAAAACCCCAGGAGCAUCCCUCUGGUCCGUGCUCAUUUCCCCUCAGUACAGGCAGGAAUGUGACUUCUCUGCUGAACCU